AUUGAGAGGGCCUGUCAAAACACACUAGCAGACACGAUGAUCGUCGACAUCUCCUCGCCGCAGCACUUCUCGUCCGUCCUCUCGUCGUCGCGCGUCGUCGUCACCGACUUCUGGGCAACAUGGUGUGGCCCAUGCAAGAUCAUCGCCCCAGCCUUUGAGGCUCUGGCAAGCCAAUUGAGCAGACCGGGCAGCAUCACCUUCACCAAGGUCGACACCGACGCCCAAAAAGACAUUGCCCGCACCUACAACAUCUCCGCCAUGCCUACAUUUCUCAUCUUCAAAGCUGGUCGUGAAGUCAAGCGCAUCAAGGGCGCCGAUCCCAAGGGUCUCAACGACGCGAUCAAGCAGAUCGCCCUGGAGGCACAGCAGAGUGAUGCCGGAGCGGGAGCAGGGAGUGCAGAGGCAGGCCCCAGCAAUACCACGGGAGGAGUGUGGUGUGGUCUAGCGGGGCCAAAGGCGUACAGAGAAGUCACAGAAGAGGUCGACAUCAAAGGAUUGGACUUUCUGAACGUGGAUGGCGAGUCGGGGGAUCGGAGAUCUGUCUUCGAGUCUUCGCCGCCCAGCUCACUGGGGAAGGGCAAAGCAUCAGAAAGCAGCAAAAAGGACUGGAUUGAGUCGGACACGGACGAGCAGCUCAUGCUCUACAUUCCCUUCCAGUCGACCCUCAAACUUCACAGCCUACAAAUCACGUCAUUACCCGGUGAGGAGACGACACGGCCACGAACACUCAACCUCUAUUCAAAUCGGAGCCAUGUUCUAGGGUUUGACGAGGCAGAAGACACGCCCGCCACUCAAAGUGUGGAAAUCAAGGACAGUGAUUGGGACGAGCAGACACACACGGCCAAGGUGGAGCUGCGCUUUGUCAAGUUUCAAAACAUUAGCUCCAUCACCAUUUUCGUGGCAGAUGGGCAGGGCGAUGAGGAGAAGACGAGGAUUGACCGAGUGCGAUUGUUCGGGGAGAGUGGUGAGAGGAGAGCGAUGGGCAAGCUGGAGAAGGUGGGAGAUGAGCAAUGAGAGCAAGUGAAAGAUUCCGUGCCGUUGAGUGGAAAAAAGUCCUCUCCACGACACACCGGGAAUCCAGUGCCAGCGUAGCGAUAUAUGCUGUGCACAGACCAGGGUCACUCGGGCUAGCCGUACCCCGUGCCUCGGACGCUCACAACCUUAUCGAUAAGGGUCAGCGCCUGUAGUAGGUAGCGAUAGAGCAUCGCGGCCUUUGCCCCUUUUCGCCAGACCUUGUCACUUGAACUCUCUUCUCCCGGUUUCUCUGUUAUAA